AGAUAACCUUAUCGUUCCGAUUCGUACGGUCCUUGCUCCUUAAACACGUGUGAAGAGCUUACAAUUUUUUUUGAACUCUUGUUGGUUAUAACUUAAAUACAUUAUUUUAUAAAAACAGUUUUUUUAUCGAAGCGGUCAGUUAUAAUAUGUUGAUUCGGAAAGCAUGAAAUUGAAUCACUUCCAGAAAGUCUUCAUUGGAUGGUCAAUUGUUAUUACUGGUGGUCUUUAUUCAUUUGUCCUAUCAAAGCGAUAUGUCGAUUCCAAACGUUAUGAUAGUAUGAAAGCUAGAGAACGUAUACGACUAUCAAACAUAGGAGAAUACGAUCCGAGUUCAAGGAAAUUUUAAUUACAUUUUGCUGAAAAAAUACCUAUACAAUCAUGGCUGGAACACAAGUACAAAUACCACAGAACCUCACUACCUUGCAACAAGUAGAAUUAGACAUGAUGGCUGAUAUGUAUGGUCGUAUGACUGAAACAUGCCGAAAGAAAUGUGUCAAGCCAGAACAUAAGGCGGGUGAACUGAAUAAAGGAGAAAGUGUAUGUUUGGAUCGAUGCAUUGUCAAAUAUUUCCAAAUGCAUGAAAAUGUCGGCAAAAAUUUAAGACUUGAUUUUAAUGCCAAAUAAUUAUAUACAGAGUACUAUUUUUAGUGAAGCUCAUACUAUAAUGGAAAAAAAAUGUAUUUAAAUUUCUCAAGUAUAAGAUCUAAUUGAUUGUAAGUCAGAUUAAAUAGUUGAGCUAGAUUAAUUUUUUUAUUUUAUAUUGUUCUAAACUGGUCAACAUAAUAAAUGUAGAUAUCUGAUAGAGUCUUAGAUAUUAUAUUAGUAUUCAAAUUAUCUAUGAGUUAUAAUAAAGGGAUAAACUUAAAAACAUAUUGUUAUUUAUUUUAGGGUAAAAUAAUUACUAUCUAAUUAAAUUGUUAUGAAAUUAUUA